AUGAUGUGCUCAUUAGUGCCCUGUGAACAGUCUUCUGGUACCUCUCUCUUUCCUAAAGACAGUGCCCCAUUUUCUGGGAGUUCCUUGGAUGAGGAUGGAUUGGAUGACUCCUUGCUGGAGCUGUCUGAUGGAGAAGAAGAUGAUGGCCAUUUCAGUUAUACAGAGGAAGAGAUUCAAGAGUUCUUAAAGGAUGAUGAUCUAUCAAGUGAAAACUAUUCUGUGGGAGGAGAGUUGCUUAAAGAUGCCAGUGGAGAUGUUGAGAAGGGAGAGAGAGAGAGUCAAAUUCUACUUGAUGCUCCCCAAGAGAAAAAUUCAUUGGACAGCUUGGGACCAGUAGCUGAGACCCCUGGCCUCUUCAAACUACCUCAACUAAGUACAUCUAUUAGUCAUGGACCAACUUCUACUAAACCGUUAAACAGACACUUUGCACUAGAAAAGAAUGUCAUAAAAAUAACUGUUGCACCAUUUGAUCCAACAGUUUAUGAUGCUGUGCUUGAUAAGGAUAAGACUGAUUCCCUCACAGAUAUCAAAAAACCCUCUUCCCUUGAGGAAGAAUUGAGAGAAGAUGGUCUUAGCCCAAAUGAAAGCAAACUUUGCACUGAAUCUGAAAGGAUCAGCCCCACUAACUCUGCCUGGGAUAGGCCCACAUUUCCUUCUUCAGACAAUAACUUUCAAGAAGGUAUCGCUGGUAGAAAUAUGCCUGACAGUAAGAAGCCUUCACCUGGAUUCCCUCAGGUCUUGGAACAUUCAGAGAGUUCUAAUACAGGGUCAUCCUGGAGAAAUGGUGGAUCACAUAAAUCAAGUUGUGAGGUGAGAUUUCUAGAACUCUUUCCUUCUGCAUUGCUUCUGCUGUGGGGAAAAAAAAAAAAAAAACAGGCUGUUCUUGACAAGGAUUCUGGGAAGAUGAAAGUCCAUGAGAAAAGACUAGGAAAAGUCAUUCCCGUCCUGCAAACCAGAACAAGGGCUAAUAUUCCGACGUUUUCACAAUCAGAUCUAGAACAGCAGAAGCAAAUGUAUCUGAGGAAUGUCCUUGCUCAUAUAGAAGACCCUGGGGCCUCUAACCAAGGUGCCUUGGGGGAGCUGUAUGUCUUGAUGAAUCAAGUGCAUCACAUGCAGAACCGAAAAUGGCAGCAUCCUUCAGACCUCACCAUGCGAAACUACGCCCGGUUCCGACAGAAAUCUCUGCAAAGAUACAGUCUGACUCAGUGGGUUGACAGGAACAUGGGAAGCCACCAUCGGUUCCAGCAUCAUCCAGAUUUCCCAUACAGUCCAUUUGUCUCAUCCCAUCAGCAGUGA